ACGAAACGUUUCGGAACGGGACGGAACUUCUGGGCCAUCGUACAUCCCCAUUCUAGCGAGCGGUGUCUGCCAGCGAAGAGUAUGGCACAUGCGGUGCACUUUCGGUAGUGAGACCACGGUACUGAAUCUAGCAAGGACAUAGCGUGAGACACACACAUGCGUGUGUUUGUGUGCAUGUGAAUGUGCAGCUGUAUGGUGACGUUGGUGUGUUCUGAGAAGAUCAUUUUAAGCUGUAGUUCGAUUCCCACUACAGCUACGAGCACAUGAUAGGGAGAAAGUAUCUUUCUGAUAGAACUACCGUACUUGGACAGCACUGGAGCAGGUGCCGAAACGUGUAUGCUAACGCGUGGCGGUAGUGUUUCGAACUUUGCCUUCGCAAGCCUACGUCGGGUGUCCCUGUGGUGUGUAGCAAUCGCUUCGCCGUAUCGCAUAUUCCGGAACUACGCACACACACGUGCGCGCGGAUAAGCAGGUGGCGCCGUACCGGUAGAGAGAAGAGAGGACGUCACAGCUUCGGAAAAUUGGACGGUGAAGGAAAAAAACCAAGCCUGGCACUAGUCAAAGCCCCCAGUCAUCCCUCACGAGGGUUGCGCGGUUAGUCUAGACGGUGGUCGCAAGAUUGACUCUGUAUGGUAGCAUAUAUUAUGUCAUCAGGUUACACAGCCAAUACAGGCAGUAUUCUCUUCGCUCGGUACACGGUGUUAAAUAUAUAUCUAUACUGAUUUGGCCAUUUGGUGAAUGUUGUGCGUACGGUACGGUGCGGUGCAUUCCGAGUGUUUCUGGUGUUGCUGUAGUGGCCAAACAUCAAAUAACGAGUGGUCGGACGAACGUCGCAUACACACGUUUGAAGCCAUUUUUGAUUUCAUCAGUUUUCGACUCUCCUUCUCCCCGGUAUGAAGGAUGCAUGUUGAUUUUGUGCUCCCGAAAUAAAGUAAAAAAUGUGUGCUUUCGAAUUUUGAUAUACGUGUGUAUGGUGUUGCCACACGGUGUUUUACACGAGUGACGGCGCAGAAGAAGACGAAGGCGUCGAAGUUGACCGGCGAGAUCAUUUUCUUUGUGAACAUUUUGUUGUUUAAUAUUUUGGUUGUGACCUAGUGGAGAGUGGUGUAUACAGUGAAAAGUGUUACGGAAGGAAGCUGAGCUUUCGGGGCAAGAUCAUACCAGUGCGGUUUAUUGUGGGGUUUUUGGGGGCAAUUGCGAUCGAGUUCAGUGUAGUGUUGUGUCAUUGCUUUAUUUUUACUUGUUUACAAAGUGCUUGUGUGCUGAAAUUCGAGAUACAGAUAGCAUAGUCUACCGAAUAUCAUACACCUAUCAGAAGUCUACGUUACGCCCCUGCCAGAAAAGCCAUUCCGCCGAUCGGAACUUAUCGUCGUAGCAGCGUGCAAAAGAAUGGCUUCUACACAGGUAUCACAUGGAUCCAGUGUUAGUAGCAAUACGGCAAACAAUAACAAUAACAAUAACAACAACAACAACAACUCCAGCUCUUCAUACGCCAACGUGUUGUUGAAUUUGAAGGAACAGGGCAAAGAUUCAUCGAACCAGACUGACAAUAACAAGGAAAACAUUGCCAGCGAGCGAGCAAGUGGCACCCAGAACAGCGGCAAAGGCAAACCAAUAGUUGGCCCAACGCCAGUAAGGGAAGCUAUGAUGCCUGGAUCAACGACGUCCACCACCGCCACAAGUACUUCAUCGACUGGCUCUCCGGCCACUUCCUUGGUGGAUGGGGCAAAAGAUGCGCUCAACAAUGAGCUUGACUCGAAAAGUGCACUCGAGGAUAUGGAAGACGAUGCCAACUUUGUACCAGUCGUGUCGCAUCACAAGCGUGACCGUAAGGCUAAGGCAGCAGCAGCUGCUGCGGCUGCGGCCGCCGCUGCCGCUGCUGCUGCUGCUUCCGUUGCAAGCAUACCGGGCUCUAGUUCGAAAUCGGCCGGAGAAAAAACAUCAGGAGCUGGAGCUGCAAGAGGGUCUGGUAGGCGCUCUGCGGCUCCAGGGACGCAAAUGCACGGCAAGCAAGCGAAGGUCACAAACGAGCGUGGACCAGAUGAAAGGGGCUCGUACCGGAAAGACUUCGGAAAGAGAAAAUCAAGCGAUCGCAGCCGUAACCAUGCCAACAGCACUGUCAGCGGUGAAGCGGUGAAGGAUGAAAAGGUACAUGAGUCGCCGUUGGAAGGUGGUGCUGGCAGUGCCACUGGUGGUACCGGUGCUGGAACUGCUAACAAACAGCAACAACAAACCAUUGCUACCGGUGGUGCUGCAUCGUCCGGCACACCGGGCACACCAACGGACGAGGAAGAUCGUGGCAAAGAAGAUGGAAAGAAAUAUGUUGAGGCGCCGCUUCCAAAGGUGAACGCAUGGAAGGUCACUCCGUCCGUCGAACCGGCACCGAUUCCACCGAAUGAAACACGUGUGCAGAGCAAAUCAAAUGCAAACACAGUGCGUGGAGCGUCCACAGCAGCUAGCUCGAUAGUUACAGCAACAACUGCCACCAUGAGCACAACUAGCACCGCCACAGCUGCAGAAAAAUCGGAGGUUUUCAGUGUAGCCGGAUCCAACGAAAAACGCGUUGCACAGACCAAACAGCCAACCAAAGCCCAAGGAAAUGGCAACAACAAAGCAACAUCCAAUGACCCAAACGGCAGCAAAUCGUCAAUAGCGACCGGUGGAAAGUCUGAUAAAAAACGCAAUAACGCGAAGGCUGCAGACUUCACUGCAAACAGUGGCGAUUGGCCUACAUUAGGCGAGAAAAAGGUAUCAACUGCCGACGGUUCCAAGAAAGCCGGAUCUGGCGAAACGGUGGUAGAAAAACAAAACGCUGGCUCGAAGGUACCGGGUACGGUGUCAUCAGCCAUCACUGGUGGCGGUGUGCAGCAUAAAUCAACCGACACGCCGAGUGUCCCUUCAACCCAAUCGCCGAAAAAGCAACAGUCCUUAGAUAUUACCGCUUCUGAAAGUGUUACAAGCACAGCAAAGAGCUCCUCGACGAACAGCAGCAACGUCGUUAAAGAUAAUACUACCAAAACUGCAGACCAGAUCCCGUCUCGUUCCACUGCCAAGUCUCAGAAUCAGACCGCUUCGAAAUCGUCGGGUGAACCGGAUUCAAAUGCUGCCGCGAGUAAGAAAGUGGUAGCCAGCGGUGGUGGUGAUGCUACCCAAGUGCAACCAUCAACGUCAAAUUCAGUCACAAAGACACCAAAUGAUGUUGCUGGUACGACUGAUCUAGAGCAGGUGUCGACCAACUCGCAAAGUCGGCCCCAUAGCCGUGCCCGAGGAACUGCAACUGAAUCGGAAGCGAAUGGAACGACUGCAACUACCACCAACAACAACAACAAUACCCGUAAAGGACCGAAACCGAAAUGGGUACCGUUAGAGAUUGAGCUGCCAAAAACGAGAGAAAGACGUGCUCGUACACCGCGACAUAGAAGGUAUGACGACUACGAUGAAGGAAGUUGGCACCAGCAGGAUUCCUCCGGCGCUCAACAUCAGCAGACACAAUCGCAACACACUCAGCAACAACAACAACAACAGCAGCAGCAGCAACAGCAACAACAGCAACAACCGCAACAACAACAAUCACAACAACAGCAACCACAUCAACAACAUCAGCAGCAACACCGAGGCAACGCUGUCUCGGGCCGUAUAAACCGGGGGCGAAGUACACGCGGUGGUGGCCCUCCUGCCUAUCGCGGAGGGCGAGGAAGCGGACGCAUAUCGACCGGGCGGGGUGGUAUCAAUUUCGGUUACCGGCGUGGCGGUGCUCCCAUACGCACGGGAGGAAACAGUCGCCAUAUGAAUGAUAGAAACGUUUCAGCAACAGCGGCGGCUGGUGCCAGUGCGGAAAAUGGUGUUGGUGUGAUACCAACCGGUACUGGAGCACAGGAUUUCCAAGACUUUGCUGCGAUGAACAACAAAAUCGGUACUGACCAAGCGGCGUUCAUCAUGCCUUACCUGAGCACGUUCUAUUACAAUGGUGCACCACUGAUAGGAAUGGACCAGCUGAGCAUUAAGGAGUGUAUUAAAAAGCAAAUUGAAUAUUAUUUCAGCGAGGAAAAUUUAAAUCGUGACUUUUACCUGCGACGAAAAAUGGACCCGGAAGGAUUCCUUCCGGUCACAUUAAUUGCGUCGUUCCAUCGAGUACAAGCACUAACCGAUGAUAUUGAUAUGAUAAUUGAAGCAAUCAAGGAAUCCGACAAGCUAGAACUGAUCGAAGAUUACAAGGUACGCACGCAGGUGAAUCCUACAAUGUGGCCGAUCGAUCAUUCGGUAGCGAUUGUCAAUGGUGCGAUGAGUUUCGGUGCUGCCUUGAGCGAGCAUCAGCAGCACCACCAAACAGUGCAAACUGGAAUGAUACUGGGAGAGCAAAAGUCGUCUGAAGAGAAAACCGCUGCACCGGAACAGCAACAGGCGUCAGUCGCCGUUGCACCGACAUCGGUUUCCGUCGCUGGCGAUAGUGCCGAUGUCGUCGCUGCCGUGCCACAACUGCAGGUGGCUUCUAAAAUUCUUUCUAGUAUUCCGCCACCUCCGUUACCUAGAAAUAUUCGCAAUCCGGUGAGUAAAGCAAGCAAAACCGUACCACUGUUGAUACCGUCGGUGAACGUAGCGCCGAUGGUAAAACCUUGCUCCGUUAAGGAAGUUGUCUCGAAAGCGACGAAGACAACAGCCAGCUUGACUAAUCCACCGAAGCCAGUGCCGUCUGGGGAAAGUGGGAAAAUUGCGGAGGAAAACUUAAAUCCCGACGUGCCGGAGUUCAUUCCGGGCGCGCUAGCAGUGGAUAAAUCGCAGCGUAGUAAAGCAAUUGAGAAAAAGCAACCUAAUCCACCUACCAACAGUGGUGGAAAGAAGGGUACCGGCAAUGGAGUAGCAUCGGGCCCGAUUAGUGGUGCGGCCGAGGAUAAAGAUGAUAAAAAUGUUGUUGCAACCGAUGGCAAAGCCGCAGUAACAUCGCAAACCGAGGAAGAAAACAGCGAACUGCAGCAACAACAGCCAGAGGCCACCCUGUGGAAGGAGGUAAAGAGAAGAUCUCGAUCGAGUCAAUCUCACACAUCGACUCAGCAGCAACCACAAAAACAAUCGGCGCCGACAAAAAACAGUAGCGCUACCAGCAGUGUUAGUGGGCCUUUGGCAAAUGACGCUGCUGGUAGCAAAAGGGCUGGAUCGGUGGAACAGCUAACGAAACAAUCGUCGCCGCAAAUUAUGCCUCACGAGGGUAACACAACGCAACCGCUAACACAGGACAGUGCAAGCAGUGACGCGCCGAACGCGCUAGCACCGACAGUGGCAAGAGCAUCCGCCACGGAAGAACGGGAGGAGCUAGAUUUUCAGUUUGACGAAGAGUUGGAUAUUCCCCGAAGCUGCGGUGGUCGUGUGAAUCAUUUCACCGACAAUUGGUCGGAGGAUGACGAUGAGUCGGAUUACGAAAUACCCGACAACGAGAUAAAUAAGCUGCUGAUCGUAACGCAGGUUACCCAUCGAUUACCGAAGCACGAUGGCUACGACCGUACGGGGGACUUUACGACCCGUACGAAAAUCACGCAGGAUCUGGAGCGUAUCAUUAACGAUGGGUUGUACAACUACGAGGAGGAUCUGCUGACGAAUAAAAGCGAUGGACGACGCACCGGGGGCUACCAUAGUUAUCGGACGGUAAAUCUGAUCACGCAGGAGGAAUACGACAAGAUAGUAACGAAGCCACCGAAGAUGGCAAGCCCGGAAACACCGGCUCCAUCUGUUCCGGUAGCACCGAGCGUGACCGUUGUAUCACCUCCCCCUCCAACGCCAUCAGCCGCCGAGCUGCUGGAUGAGUCCGGCAUGCUGGACGACCAUUCACUGCUUGACGUAAGCGGACUUAAUGUGAGCAACGCUUCAACGGCAACCGGCAACCGUCACAAGGCACGGUUCUAUGCCGUCAAUAAGGAUGAGUUUGUCGAUCCAAUUACACCGCGCAAGCGUAAAACGCGUCAUCUCACUAACCCUCCCGUGGAAAGUCACGUUGGUUGGGUGCUGGAUGCGGUUGAGCAUCGGCCACGCACAACCAGCAUUGGCAGCUCGGCCGGUACAAGCCCCACGGCGUCUAGCUAUGGUUCACUGCCACACAGUUUACCAGUCUUUCAGCAUCCGUCCCAUGCGCUGCUGAAGGAAAAUGGUUUCACACAACAGGUGUACCACAAGUACCACAGCCGAUGUUUAAAGGAGCGCAAACGAAUGGGUCCUGGUCAGUCGCAGGAGAUGAAUACACUGUUCCGGUUCUGGUCGUUCUUCUUGCGUGAGAACUUCAAUAAGAACAUGUAUAACGAGUUCCGGCAGCUAGCCAUUGAGGAUGCGGCCGAAAGUUUCCGGUACGGACUAGAGUGUUUGUUUAGAUUUUAUUCGUACGGUUUGGAGAAGAAAUUCCGAACGCAACUGUACGAAGAUUUCCAGCAGGAAACAGUAUCGGACUAUGAGAAUGGUCAGUUGUAUGGACUGGAGAAAUUUUGGGCCUUCCAGAAGUACUACAAAAACGCUUCCAAGCUCUCGAUAAAUCCUAAACUAAAGGAAUAUCUGGACAAAUUCAAGUCGAUUGAAGAUUUCCGUGUGCUGGAACCGCAGAUUAAUGAAAUGCUUGAAGGUGUUGGUAAUUUGAAACCAUGUCAAGCGAAACGUCGCCCGAGAAGCGUAUCGGAAAGCGAAGGUGUAGCGGUCGUGGUGGGUUCAGCACCGGGACCUUCACACGCUGUUAGUCACCCGUACCAGGCCGGUGGUAGUCGUCGUGGUGGUGGUGGUAGUGGUGGUGGUGGUAGCGGCAGCGGAGCGGGUUCAUCGAGUCACAGCAAUACUGGUCACUACGCAAGCCGUAAUCGAUGCGAUUCCACAGGAAAUAAAACGGUAGAGGUGUCGAACAGACUUCGCACCCGUGCCGGUUCCUUCGGUGAUUCAACGCAGGUCAUGCGUCGCAGGAGUGGUUCGGCUGGCAAUCGUGUAGUUCGUACGUUUAACAACCCAGGUAGCAGCCAUCGUUCUCUUGCCUUUCUCACCCGUAGUUCGAUGCAACCUUCCACGUCAGGUGGGGCAGGUAGCAACAGCAACGUCAGUAAACAUCAGCAGCAACAACCACCGUAUGCUGCCGGUGCCAACAAAAUGAAACCGUAUAAAUCAGUUCAAAGCAAUUACAACGCGAACAGUGGUAGUAGUGGUGACAAUACUGCAGGACCGUCGGCAGAAUCCGCAAGCAGCAGUAAUAGUAGAUCUAAUGACAGCAAUAUUCAUAACUAAAGCUGAGCAAAGGAAUUAAUCGGGGAUAACAAUCUUAAGUCGAUCGAGAAAGUCAUGUUGUGCAUGGUGACUGUUUCUCAUACAUCUGUGCGACGAAAGCUCGUGCAGUAUGCGCUAAUGGGAACGGAAUCGUACCACAAUAAGGGAAGAGUUGCGGAUUUGCUUUCUCUUCCUUACUGCCACAAACUGUUCAGUUUGCAUGGGGGAAUGUUUCAUUUCCUUUUUUGUGCUUUCUUAAAGCAAUCUUCAAAUGAGUUUGCAACACUUACGGCGAGUUCAAACUGUAAUGGUCAUUCUUUAGUUUCUGUCCCAGCCUACCAUUUACCAUUUUGCGAUUUAAAUGGUGAAUUGAUGAAUGUUCCUAAAAAAUCUAAUAACAAACUUUAAAGAGAGAAAGUUAAAUGAAAGCAAACGGUGGUUGCAAGAAUGUGAGCAAUUCGAUAUUUUGCCACAUAUCAAAACGAGCAACCACAAACGAAACUACAUAAGCAUCUGUUGGAAGUCAGCAUCUAGGUGUAAAGUACUUUAUGUUCGCAGUGUAGCUUGCAUUCUGCGUAAAAGUUGGUCUUAAUGGACGCGAUGUAGCAAAUCUUCGUACAGUAGAAAACACGUAGCGGUCAGCAGGACCCCAUACAGUACGAAGAAUAGUAGAUUCGGGCAUCUGGGUGGCUACAGACGCUUGUAUUAUAUUAUGCAUUACACUGGAGUAAAUGCACUUUUCAAUCAGUGUUUCUGCACUAAACUAACCGUGGCAAGCAGCUGCAAAGGAGGGCGCUUUAAUCCGAACACUAUUACCAGUUUAAGAGUAUUGGUAAUCUGUACAGUUGGUCGUCAUCCUUAUUUGUUUAUGCGUUUUGUGUAUUUUCAAGUACGCUGCUAUCGUGUAUGCAUCGUGCGUUAGAAAAAAGGGGAAAAAUUAAGUAAAAUUUCAAAACAUUAAUCUAUCCGGCAAAAAAAGACGUGUUCCGCAAUGCGACUUUCCAACGCAACAAACUGUGGUAAAAAGUUUGUUCUGCCUUCAUGGAACGGACACUUUCUUGCGGAUCGAUUAGUUUGCGAUAGUGUUGGGAAACGUCCGAAAAGCUGUUGCGCUAGAUGUUGAUGAGUCUUUAACCGCGCAUAAUCCGCUUUAUUAAUUCGUGUAAGAAUGAAAUGUCGAUUUCCGUACAUAAUUGUUACUGGAGGUGUAAAACUGGUUUUGUUUUUUUGCUGAGUGAACUAACAGAGCGUACUAAUGCAACUAGUGUGAAAAUAUCACCUUUUCGUAUCGGUUUACGAUGGUAUAUCAAUUUUGCUAUGUUUUUCUACCCUUCGUUCACACCGUUGUGCCCCAUGCUUAACCUACGUAUUCGAUUGAACAUUUGUGUUAAGCACUGUUGCGUACGAUACGACUAGUUUUCUACUACUGAUGUAAUGUGGUGUUUUUCAAUCGGACCUAUGUGUUUGAACAUUCAAACGUCCCAAUUCUUUAAUUUACAUUUAAUUCGUUUUUUUUGUUGGGAUUAUUGAAUUUAAUAUUCGAUGAACGAAGUUACUAGAAGUGUAAGUGGAAUGACUAAGAGAUAAAGAAAUACACACACACACAUCUUCUUAGUAAGUAGGCGCAAAGUAAAAUAGGAAAACAUAAAGAAAGAAAAAAAACAAAAAAAAACUAAAUAAAGAUGAUGAUGGAAAGUGAAAUAAAAAAAAAAGUCGAAAACUCGUUGCUAGCUACAAAUAGAUUCGGAUUAUAAACGGUAAAACAAAAAUUGCUGAACCGCAAUUAAUUAAAUUUAUAAAUAUAUAUAUAAACCAAUAACUGUAAAUAUUAUACUUUAUAUCAGUCAGUUUACAUAAAAAAUAAUUUGUAAGAUGA